AUGCCUCCAGAGAAAGAGAUACAGGCGGCGGGACUGGACGUCACUGUCAUCGUCGCUGAGCUACUUAUCCCGGGCCGUGGCGACCCCGUUAAGAACGCUGCCGUCGCUGUUGAGGACGGCAAGAUCGUCCAUGUCGGCAAGUAUGACAGCCUCCCGGGAAAGUACCGCUCAGUCAGGCCGGUCCACGUCCCGGUCGUCAUGCCCGGCCUCUGGGAUGUGCACACCCACUUCAUCGGCCUCGACGUUGUCACCGACUUUGCUACCGGCUUGAUCAAAGUCUUGCCGGGAUCUAACGCCCUGGUAGGCGCCGUCACCGUCCAAGACCUGGAAGAGACGCUGAUGGCGGGAUACACCUCUGUCCGAGAGCUUGGCGGAUAUGCCGGGGACUUGGUUCCCGCCAUCGAGAAGGGGCGCCUGGUAGGACCCAACGUGUACUCGGCCAUCGCCGCCAUGUCCAUCACCGGAGGACACGGGGACCAGCACGACCUCCCCAUCCAGACGGUGAUGAGAUUUGCCGAGUGUGGCGGGCCCUGCUCCAUUGUCAACGGCGCGGACGACUGCACCAAGGGGGUGAGACUGCUCGUCCGCCGGGGAGCGCGGUGCAUCAAGGUCUGCUCUAGCGGCGGCGUCCUGAGCCUAUUGGAUGAUCCGGAGGACAGGCAAUUCUCGGACGAGGAGCUCAAGGCCAUCGUCGAGGAGGCGGGCCGCAGCCGUCAUGCCGUCGCCGCUCACGCCAUUGGGAAGGCGGGCAUCAUGGCUGCGCUCAGGGCGGGCGUCAAGAGCAUCGAGCACGGCAUGUACCUCGACGACGAGGUUGCCGAUGCCAUGCUAGAGAAGGGCGCCAUCUUCGUCCCCACCCACCACGUCGUGACCACCAUAGGCAAAGAUCCGUCACAGCUACCGCCCCCCAUCGCACGCAAGUUUGAGAAGCUGAUGCAAAAGGCAAAGGAGUCUUAUCAGUUGGCCAUCAAGAGAGGCAUCAAGAUUGCGCUCGGCACGGACAGCGGCAGCAGCGACCGCACGAAAGACCUCGCGCACGGAAACAACGCCAUGGAGCUGUACUGGGCCGUCAAGAACGGCAUGACGCCGCUGCAGGCCAUCGAGGCGGGCACCGCGAACGGCCCAGAGGUUCUCGGAGGAAUGGCGCCGCUGAGUGGACAACUCAAGGAAGGGUAUGACGCGGACCUGAUCGCCGUCGCCAAGAACCCUUUGGAUGAUAUUGAGGUUCUGGUGAAGAAGGAAAACAUCACCCAUGUUUGGAAAGGGGGCAAGCUGUUCAAGUCCCCGUAG